AUGGAUUCUUCAUCGUCUAAAUCACAAGAAAUACAACAAUCAUUAAAAAGUCUUAAAAAGAAUAUUGAUUCUAUCACAAAACAGAUUAAUGAAUUAAAUCAUGAACGUGAAAAAUUACAAGCGAAAUAUAAUGAAUUAAAAUCUCAAUUGACUACAGCUCGUGUACAAGAAAUUUCCAAUUCUCAAAGUGCAUCAUCAUCUGAAUACAAUGCUGAAGCAUUAUUUCCAUGGACUUCAGAAGUGAAUCGUGUAAGAAAAGAGAUUUUUCAAAUAUCUGAAUUUCGUCCUUUACAAAUAACAGCAAUUAAUGCACUCUUAGAUGGUCGUGAUGUAAUUUUAGUAAUGCCUACAGGUGCAGGCAAAAGUUUAGUAUAUCAAUUACCUGCAUUAAUUAAUAUUAAUGCUUUCAAAGUGAAUGGACAAUGUCGUGGUUCAGUGACAUUAGUGAUUAGUCCAUUGGUUUCAUUAAUGAUUGAUCAAUCGAUCAACUUGACCAGAUAUCAUCUUGAACCAGAUACAAUAGCAGUUUUAGAUGCGAAUACACCAUUACCGGAACAACGUCGAAUUCUUUCGUUACUUGCAGAAAAACCAAACAAAACAAACAUUUCAUCAUCAACAUCCAGCUUACGUUUAUUAUAUGUGACUCCAGAGAAAUUAGCUAAAAGUAAAUUACUACUAAAUCGUUUAGAGAUGGCUUAUUCAAUGAAUCGAUUAGCUUGUAUAGCUAUCGAUGAAGUACAUUGUGCUAGUCAAUGGGGUCAUGAUUUUAGACCGGAUUAUAAAUUUCUCCAUGUAAUACGACGUCAAUUUCCAAAUGUUCCUAUUAUUGGUUUAACUGCAACUGCAUCCACUGAAAUAAUUGUCGAUGUACAAAAUAUGUUAGGUCUUAAUAUGGAUAAAUGUUUAGUAUUAAGAACUAGUUAUAAUCGUGAAAAUUUAAAUUAUUAUGUUAAACCAGUCAGUGGAUCUAUAAAAGCAUGUAUUGGUAAUUUAUAUGAAUUAAUCAACAAAAAUUAUACGAACCAAUCAGGCAUUGUGUAUUGUUUUUCUCAAAAAGAUACUGAAGAUGUUUCUUCAGAGUUAAACAACUUUGGAUUAAAGACAGCUCCAUAUCAUGCUAAUUUAGAUUUUAAUUAUCGAUCCAGAGUUCAUUCUGAUUGGAUUUAUGGAAAAAUUCAAGUAAUUAUUGCCACUGUAGCUUUUGGUAUGGGUAUUGACAAGGCGGAUGUUCGUUUUGUAAUACACUUUUCUUCAAGUAAAAGUUUAGAAAAUUAUUAUCAAGAAUCAGGUAGAGCUGGACGUGAUUCAAAUUCGGCCGAUUGUAUUUUAAUGUGGCGUUUUUCCGAUCUAUUUCGUUUAGCUAGUAUGGUAUCAUCUGAACGAACAGGAAUCAGUAAACUUUAUCAAAUGAUUGAAUAUUGUAUUGAUCCUGAUAAAUGUAGACGUUAUUUAAUUUCGAAAAAUCUUGGUGAUGCUUCUUGGUCGGUUGAUGAUUGUAAAAAUGCUUGUGAUAAUUGUCAACGUAAAAGUUCAAACGUAUCCCGCUUAAUUCAAUUAAAAACCGCGGAACUAUUCAAUGCAACAAAACAAAUACUAUAUGAUCAAAGUUUAACAAAACAAGAACGAAUAACUGGUCCUAAAUUAAUUGAUCUUAUGACUUGUAAUAAACAAAUACAAUUGAUUAGUCAAAAAUUAUUCAAUCAACAAAAUCAAACAAAACCAGAAAAUCGUCAAUUCUAUGAAGAUUUUAUAUCUUGGUGUUUAAUUAAACAAUAUUUAAAAUUAGAUUUUCAUUUUACACCAUAUUCAACAGUUUGUUAUAUUGUAAUCAAUGAUCAAUAUUCCAUUGGUGAGGAUGAUGAUGAACACAUUGAAUUCAUGCCGUAUGCAUUGACAAUGAAAAAAGAUUUCAUGCAAAAGAAUAAAAUUAUCAAUGAGUGUUCUCAUACAGACAAUGAUGUUAA